GGGCCCGCGGCCGCCCCGGAGCCGCCGGCGCCCGAACAUGGCCACCGAGGUCCACAAUCUGCAGGAGCUCCGGCGAAGUGCCUCGCUGGCCACCAAGGUCUUUAUCCAGAGGGACUACAGCGAUGGGACCAUCUGUCAGUUCCAGACCAAGUUCCCCCCGGAGCUGGACAGCCGGAUCGAGCGGCAGCUCUUCGAGGAGACCGUGAAGACCCUCAACGGCUUCUACGCGGAGGCUGAGAAGAUCGGGGGCAGCUCCUACCUCGAGGGCUGCCUGGCCUGCGCCACGGCCUACUUCAUCUUCCUCUGCAUGGAGACCCACUACGAGAAGGUUCUCAAGAAGAUUUCCCGCUACAUCCAGGAGCAGAAUGAGAAGAUCUUUGCGCCUCGAGGCCUCCUGCUCACGGACCCCGUGGAGCGUGGGAUGAGGGUUAUUGAGAUCUCCAUCUACGAGGACCGGUGCAGCAGUGGCAGCUCCAGCAGCGGCAGCAGCAGUGGCAGUGGCAGCAGCAGCGGUGGGGGUGGUGGGGCUGGGGCCCGGUGACUGGCCGAGAGUCCCUGCAGGGAGGUGUAUGGCCGGAGUGAGGGCCUUGCAGACCUGCGGCGGCUGCGCUACCAGAGCACCCGCUUCUGAGUCAUUCUCUGGGCCUGCCCUGCUGCCCGGGGUGGGAGGGAGGGUGACUGGCCUAGUGUUUCCUGCAGGCCAUCAACCCCCGUCCCCUGCCCCCCACCCCCUGGCAGGAUCAGUCCACUUCCUGACCGGGGGGCUCUCCUUCCCUGAUAGGGCUGGUCUGGGCCACAGGGAGCCAGCCCUUCCUAGGGAAGGCUGGGGUGGGGAGAACACGAUCUAGACAGCCCCCCUCUUCUGCAGCCCCUCUCCCAGCCCUCCAAGGGGGUCCCAGUCUGUCACGCAGAGAAUUCCCACCCUGCAUGAUUCCUUGUCCCAAAGCCCAUGUCCACCCAGACUCUCUCCCCUCCGGCCCUGCUCCCCGCGGCUGUCUCCCAGAGUUUGCUCCCCCAGUGCCAUGCAGGGCCCCUGCCUGUCUGUGAUCCUGCCUCUGCCGUGUUCGAGGUCUGGGGAGACGGGUGCCCUGGUGGGGACCCCUUCAGCCCGCUCCUGACCUCUUCCAGACCUGUGGCUUUCCUGUCCUGCACCCAGAGCUGGAGGCCGUCUCACCUUGGCAAGAAGGGUCCAAUUCUGAGACUCUGAAGGCCACCAGACACUGGUCGGGGAGCACAUGCCCUGGGGCUCUGGGAGGUUAUAUGGGGCCUGGAGAGAUGUAGCCUUGGGGGGUUUGACCCUCCUGAACCGGAGCCAGUUUCCUGAGAUGAGAACCUGUGUGUUCGCGAGAAUGAGUGUGUGAGUGCACGUGUGAGUGCCCCGUGUGCAUGCAUGUGGGUGCAUUUGUGAGCACAUCUGUGUGAGGGUAUGCAUAUGUGUGUGUGUGAGUGCACGUGUGAAUGUGUGUGUCUGUGUGUGUGAGAGCACCUGUAUGUUCCCCUUGGCUGCUAGGCCAGUGACUGUCCCUCUGCAUCCUGCGUUGUCUUUGCCACAUGAUGGUCUGUGGCUUCUUCCCUGCAUAGGUCCAGCCUGGUCCCCUAUACAUAAAUGUCCUAAAGCCCCUCGCCCCUUGCCUGGGGCUGCCAGCCUGGCUCUUCUUCCUGGGCUCUCCCCCACCUUCUGACUCUGCUGUGUACAUUUCAGCAGAAGAGAAGCAGGGGUUCUAGGAGAACAGAGCCAAACUUGGGUGGCCUUCGGUGUCCCUCUCCCAGCCCCCUAUGACAGGAUAAUGGGGCCACAGACGUUGCAUAUGCAGCCUGCCUAGGCUCUGGGGCUCUUUGAGUCUGUGUAGGUGAGGCUCCCUUGGACAUUCAAAGGAGCUGGCAACCUGCAGGGGCAAAGGCAGACCCCCUCCUUGCAAGCAAAGAGGGGACGUCCAGCCAAUGAUGCCCUGGCUCCCAGGGCCCAGGGAGUCUGUGGGAAGGCAGCAGCUCUGGGCCUGGUGCCCUGCAGAUGGACAGAAAGGGCUGCCUACCUCAGUCGGCAGGAGGUGCUAGAAGUGGCUAUGCAAGACCAGCCACUGCAGGUAGCUUUCUGGAACCAAAGAGGGGCCAGGUUUUUUAGUGGACAUGGGAGCAGUGUGUGGGAAGCAGAGCCUACCCUGAGAGCUGGAGAGGGUUGGCCCAGUCCCCGAGGCCUCAGGAAGUCCUGAGCCCAAGUGAGUCCUGGUUCAAGGAUCCCCCUGGAGAGCUGCAGCCCCCUGGCCGUGGCCCGUGCCCACCCUGGCCCGCUGUGUGGCUGGGCAUUGUGUCUGACCUGCGCACCUCCCAUGGGAGGCCUGGGCACGGGCAAUGCUGUGGCCUUUUAUUAUUUCUUUUUCCAAUAAAAGGAUUUGCCCAGC